AUGAAGAACAUGGUUUCGACGCACGUGUUUCCGGCGAAGAACGACUCGUACCGGGCACGUAAGCGCGCGCACAAGGCGUGCGAUCAGUGCAAGCGCCGGCGAAAGCGUUGUGAAACCAGCAACGAAAGCGACAAGUGUGAUCCGUGUUUGCAGGCUGGUUUGGAGUGUUCGUUGGAGGAGGCUGCUCAGAAGGCCCAUGACGCUGGUGCACCAAAGAAGGAUGGUCCCAUCAAUAUGGUCAUGUACCAGGAGCCGGAGGAGGUGGUGAAAAACGAGUUUGAAGGAGGCUCGACAGCUCCGGCCACAUCCAUCCUGGGAGGACUAGGAUCGUUCCAAGCCUACAACAACUUUGGAAUGACUCAGCCGCAACAACAGCCUACUCAACAGGUUCAACAACAGCAGACGCCCAUACACCAGCCUACACCGUCCACCCACUCGGAUGACGAAAGAGGAAGACCGGCCCAACGAUUUACACUGUUCCACAGCAACACAAACAGAAGUAUUUCCCGGGCAUCAGCAGACCGACGGCCGCAAUCGCAUCUCUCUCCGACCGUUCGACGAGCAGUGGGGGCCACGCCAGCGUCACCCUCUUCGCCCAAAGAAGACGAUCCCGUGUGGGUCAAGAAAAGCACCCCGCAGCUCAACCCCCAUCUGUACGCCUACUUGUCGUCGAUAAAUGCGUUCUCGAUGCCGCUCAAACAUAUCCGGGACGGCCUGGUAGACAUAUACUUUGAGCAUAUGGAUACUUUUCUGCCAUUGGUAGACAAGACGCAGUUUCUCAACCUGCAUCGCCAAGGACAAGCACCUACCCUACUAAUGCACGCUGUCCUGCUCGCUGCUAGUCGACACUCCCAGGCUCAGACCUAUAUUCAAAACCUGCGUCAGUUUGCAGCUUCUACAGCGUCGAAAAUCAGGGCUCUUCUGUUUGCAGAAGUCGAACAGGACCGCCUGACACUGGUGAGAGUCUACGCGUUGAUCUCGCUGCACGCAGAGGGACCCGAUGGAGCUGAACAGGGUUGUUCAGACCUGCAACACGCCAUUCACUACUCUAUCUCUCUGGGCAUCCACCAUGACCGACCCUUCAUCAACAAGACGUCUUUGCAACAGCUGUGGUGGUCUAUUUGGUGUCUGGAUCGACUCAACAGUUUGAUUAAUGCCCGGCCAGUGAUCAUAGACUCACGUGACGUGGAAGUAUCCAAGCUGGACGACAAUUCACAGCUGCCUAGACUAGUCUCCAUCCUCGGGACUCAUGAAAGUAUCAUGAACUUGUACCGGGGAAGAAACUCAGACGUGUCCAUGAAAACAGUCACGGCCCUUGAUAUUGUGCGACACAAGAUUCAGCCUCUGGAUUCAGAUUCGCCGUUUCUUCAGCUCGUUUGCCAUACUCUUCAGCUUCUGACAUACCCUCAGACCAUUACAAUUUCCACUUCAACAGUCUACGGGGCCUUUGGCAACAUGUCAACGCCCAUUGCUUUGGCUCUGACGUUCUCCAAAAACGGUCGCACUGUCCCUUUGCAAUUUAGCAAUGGACCGGAGUUCCAGACAGUGCUCCGGAGCGCUUCUCAGAUCCUCCACUUGUCCAAAAACUACUCGGGUUCGCUGCCAGGAUUGCCAAUUGUCCCCUUCUCGAUACAGUUGGCGUUUAUUGUACUUGUGAGACUGUUCUACGACCGGCCUAUGCCCUUCCCAGACGUCUGUGGCAUCCUAGACAUGUACUCGGACCGCUGGUGGGCGACCGAGGCCAUGAGCAUGAUCGGAGGAGGGCUGCUAAAGAACGAGAGUCAGGGUCAGCAACAAAAUAAGAGCCAGAUUCCGAACCAGCCCCAAGUCGAGGCGCCUGUGCGAACGAUAAGUCCCCAGCCCAUGGGAAUGGCGAGUCCGCAGUCAAUGACCAUGACUCCUAGUCCAGCGCCUCCUACUGUCUCUGUGAACGCUCCUUCGAAUCAAAACUUCCAGCUGCUCCAGCAACAGGCGCUGGACCAGUCGAUGGUGUCUCAUCACGGUCAGCAGCAACAUGGACAACAGCAGCAACAACAAAGACAGGUCCCGAUGGCUAAUGCGAGCCAGCGAACGUCACCUGGAUCACUGUCUAACAAACGAAAGGCUACUCUAACCAUCCCCCAGGCACAGAUCGACCGGUACUCCCAACACCCUCUGGCUCGUUCACCUAUGGGAUCUGCAUACUCGGAGGACCUGGGCCAGGACUCAUACUUCUCCAACAUGAACACUGACUUUUCAUAUGGAGUGCUGGGAGGGGAAAAUGUGGUGCCCCCAGCUGCUCCUCAGGGCGACCAGACACCUACUCUGUCGACAGCCAUGAAGGACGAGUACUUUUCGGCUCAUCGGCCGAGUUUGGACGCUGGAAACAAUGGAGGAACCGACGGUGGAGGAAACUUUUACGCCCAGAACUUUGAGAACAUCAACUACCUUGAUGAGCCCUCAGUCAAGUUGGAGUAUGAUGAGUUUCAGUUUUAA